AUGAUCGAAAUAUUAGCAAUAUAUUUGCAAAAACAAGAACAUCUUCAAGAGCGAAAAGUUCGAUUAAUGUAUCGACGUUUUUUUUUCGUUGACACAGGUGUUUGUGACUCAUUUGCUGAACGUUUUGAUGAUGCUGAUGGUGAGGAAGAUUUGUGCGAUGAAGUAGACACUGCUGCUAACACCGGAUUUGUCGUCGCUGAUGGCAUUGGUUGA